GGUCCAAAAACAGGUCACAUAACAUUACCUUUCUCUCUAAUCUGCAAUUCUCUUCACUCUCUCUGUCGCAGCGUAAAUACUCAGUGCGGCCAGAGCUAAGAAAUGGCAACUAAUGAAGAUCGAAGCAGCCACAAGCGAGCAUUUUUGGAAUUUCUUGAUCAAAAUAUAUACAAGGAUGAGAUAAAGGCCAUGAUCAAUCACAAGCGUCGCCGACUCAUAGUCAAUAUCUCCGAUCUUCACGCUUUUCAGGACUUUGGUCCCAGGAUUCUCAAGAACCCGGGUGAGUAUAUGCAACCAUUCUGUGAUGCGGCUACAGAUAUAGCUCGUAGCAUUGAUCCUAAGUAUUUGAAGGAAGGAGAGCAAGUUCUCGUGGGUUUUGAGGGCCCUUUUGUAUCACGCCGUGUCACUCCAAGGGAACUUCUUUCUGAAUUCAUUGGUUCGAUGGUCUGUGUUGAGGGGAUAGUCACAAAAUGUUCUCUUGUAAGGCCAAAGGUUGUCAAAAGUGUUCAUUUUUGCCCUACAACUGGGGGUUUCACAACUCGGGAAUAUCGUGACAUUACAUCUACUGUUGGCUUGCCCACAGGUUCUGUGUAUCCUACAAGGGAUGAAAAUGGCAAUUUAUUAGUGACGGAAUAUGGAUUGUGCAAAUAUAAAGAUCACCAAACCUUGUCAAUACAAGAAGUGCCUGAGAAUGCUGCUCCUGGUCAGCUUCCACGAACAGUGGAUGUCAUAGUUGAGGAUGACCUGGUUGAUUCAUGUAAGCCUGGAGAUCGUGUGGCUAUUGUAGGGAUAUACAAAGCACUUCCUGGCAGAAGUAAGGGUAGUGUGAAUGGAGUAUUCAGAACUGUUCUCAUAGCUAAUAGUGUUUCUUUGCUCAACAAGGAGGCCAAUGCACCUAUUUACAGUCCAGAAGAUUUAAAGAACAUUAAAAAGAUUGCUGAAAGAGAUGAUACAUUUGACUUACUUGGUAAUUCACUGGCCCCUUCAAUAUAUGGGCAUUCAUGGAUUAAAAAAGCAGUCAUUUUACUGAUGCUCAGUGGAGUGGAAAAAAACUUGAAGAAUGGCACUCAUUUACGAGGUGACAUUAACAUGAUGAUGGUUGGUGAUCCAUCCGUUGCCAAAUCUCAGCUUUUAAGAGCAAUAAUGAAUAUUGCUCCUUUGGCCAUAUCAACCACUGGCCGUGGUUCCUCUGGUGUUGGAUUGACAGCUGCAGUUACUUCUGAUCAAGAAACAGGAGAAAGAAGGCUAGAAGCUGGAGCAAUGGUUCUUGCUGACAGAGGGGUUGUCUGCAUUGAUGAGUUUGACAAGAUGAAUGAUCAGGAUCGCGUUGCUAUACAUGAAGUUAUGGAGCAACAGACUGUUACAAUUGCCAAAGCUGGCAUUCAUGCAUCUCUGAAUGCUCGAUGUAGUGUGGUGGCUGCUGCAAAUCCCAUAUAUGGAACUUAUGAUCGCUCAUUGACACCAACAAAGAACAUUGGGCUUCCGGACUCUUUGCUAUCUCGUUUUGAUUUACUGUUCAUAGUAUUGGAUCAAAUGGAUCCUGAUAUUGACCGUCAUAUAUCAGAGCACGUCUUGCGUAUGCAUCGAUACCGUUCUGCAAUUGAUGGAGGUGACGGGGCACUUGAUGGUGCCCCAAGAUAUGGAAGAGAAGAUGAAAUUGAUGCCGACUCAUCUGUCUUUGUCAAAUAUAACCGAAUGCUUCAUGGGAAGAAAACAGGAAGGGGUCAGAAGCGUGAUACCCUUACAAUCAAGUUUCUUAAGAAGUACAUCCAUUAUGCGAAACAUAGGAUUCAGCCUGAGCUGAGUGAUGAGGCAUCUGAACAAAUUGCGACAGCAUAUGCUGAACUCAGAAGUUCUAGUUCAACUGCAAAGACUGGAGGAACGCUUCCAAUCACUGCCAGAACCUUGGAAACCAUGAUUCGUCUCUCCACUGCUCAUGCCAAAUUGAAAUUGAGUAGGAAGGUUACUAAGUCUGAUGUCGAAGCUGCACUUAAGGUUUUAAAUUUUGCAAUAUACCAUAAAGAGUUAACUGAGAUGGAGGAGCGUGAACAAGAGAGGGAGAGAGAAUUAGGGAGAAAACACAGGGCUGAGCACACUUCUGGUAGAAGUGAUGAAGAUGGUCAUACUGCUGUUGAUAUAGAAGGCUCAACGACAGAUGCCAUGGAAGUAGAUGAUGCUCCUGCAGAGCAAGCCACCACUGAGCUUUCCCCAGAAAGAAUUGAAGCAUUUAAUUCUACAUUCCGUGAGCAUAUGCGCCAUUUAGAUAGCACAAAAAUAGAUGACCUGGAAAAGGUUGUCAACACAGGAGAUGUUCAUUAUUCGAGAGAAGAGAUAAUGCUCCUAUUACAGAAACUACAGGAUGAGAAUAAAGUGAUGAUAUUUGCUGGAAACGUUCAUAUGGUGAUAUCAUGAGUUAAAACAAAUGGGUUGGCAAAUUUUAGGCAGGUUACAGGUUCACAUGGUGUAUCAUGAGCUAAAACAACUCCGUAGACAUUCUUUCAGUGGGCACACAUUUUGCUUCUUGUCAUUUGUUACAAUUUAAGAAAUGAAUUUCAGGGACACAUGUAGGUUGGAACUGCAGAUACCAUAUGCGAUUGCUGAAAGAUGUCUAGAAGUGAAAUUGAAAGUUGGAUUGGAACUGCAAGAGCAGCGUAUUAUUUAUAUAUUUUUGUAUAUUCCCUGUGGAAGCAAAAGUUAUGUACGCCUUUAAUCAUUUUUGUUCAUCUUCUGUCGUUUGGAAUGACGUGGGCAGAUUUUCCCUUUGGUUAUCGUACUCUUUAUAUUUGCUGCUGCCUGGUUGAUUCUCCAUUCCAAUUUACAGUCUUUAUUUUUUAGUAA